AUGAUUCGUUCAAUACUAGCAGCGGCAUCUCCACUCCGUCAAAGGUCUGUAUCUCGGCUUUGCACCUCCUCUAUUACGUUAUCUGGCGUCCGUCCCUUGGGUCCAAAAAACAAAGCACCUGAUUUUUCUGGUACAGCAGUUGUAAAUGGCGACUUUAAAACAAUUGGCAUGAAAGAUUACAAAGGAAAAUGGCUUAUCAUAUUUUUUUAUCCUCUUGAUUUCACAUUCGUUUGUCCAACCGAGAUUACUGCCUUCAACGACCGAUGUGAGGAAUUUCAGAAAUUAAACGCAGAAUUGAUUGCCUGUUCGUGCGACUCCCACUUCUCACACCUAGCUUGGAUACAAACUCCACGUAGUGAAGGUGGUCUCGGUGAUAUGCAGAUUCCAGUGCUUGCAGACUUUAAUAAAGAUAUAGCGAAUGCAUUCGGUGUGCUUGAUCAUGAAACAGGUAUUUCAUAUCGAGGUUUGUUCUUAAUUGAUCCAAAUGGUGAAAUUCGUCAUUCUCUGGUAAAUGACCUUCCGGUUGGCCGUAGUGUGGAUGAAGCGUUUCGUACUCUGAAAGCCUUUCAGUUUGUGGAAAAACAUGGUGAAGUAUGUCCAGCAAAUUGGUCUGAUGAUAAACCAACAAUUAAGCCCGGUGUCGAGGAGUCCAAAGAGUACUUCAAAAAGGUCGGCGGUCAUACAUAA